AUGACAAUGAAUUUGGAUGAUAAUUCAACAGUUCCAAAGGUCAUACAAGAUGAGCUUUCCAUUGUAACUCCUCGAGAAGACUUAAAUUCCAUUGCCACGUUAAAUAAUGAUCAAUGUUUAGCAUUUAAUUCAAUCAUGGAAGCUGUGGAAUCCAAUACUGGUGCAAUCUUCUUUGUGGAUGGACCAGGAGGAACUGGAAAGACAUAUUUAUAUCAUGCACUGUUGGCCUCAGUGAAAAGUCAAGGUCGAAUUGCCAUUGCAACAGCAACUUCUGGAAUUGCAGCUACACUUUUACCUGGUGGAAGGAUAGCCCAUUCAAGAUUCAAGAUCCCAUUAAAUCUAGAGGCUUCAUCUGUGUGCUCCAUUACUAAACAAUCAGAUUUGGCAGAAUUAAUUAGAUGUGCAACAAUCAUCAUUUGGGAUGAAGCUACAAUGACGAAUCGUUAUGCUUUUGAAGCUUUGAAUCGAACACUCAUAGACAUCACUGGUGUUGAUUAUCCAUUUGGUGGAAAAAUUAUGGUGUUUGGUGGUGACUUUCGGCAAGUACUUCCAGUUGUUCCUAAAGGUACAAAAGCUGAAACUAUUGUUGCAUCGAUAAUCAAAUCAUCGCUCUGGAGUCACAUUCAAAUACUUCGUUUAAAGCAAAAUAUGCGAUUUAUAAAUGAUCAACAGUUUGGUGAAUUUCUUUUACGUGUUGGAGAUGGCGUACAACCUACCAUUGUAGAUAAAAUGAUCAAAGUACCAACAUCGAUGGCAAUACCAUGGAACGGCGAAAAAUCAAUAGUUCGACUAUUAUAA